AUGGGUGCGACCCUCGUAUCCAUCAGCCGCGCGACGGCUGCGGGCGCAUCCGCAACUUUCCACAAGGGCGGUUGUCGCAUCUCGAACCUGGCAGGCGAAGUGGUCGUGGAUAUCCCAAUGAUUGACAGACUGUACCGCAUCACAAACGCGAGCAAGGAUUUCGCUGUGCCCGCUGCCGAGAAAGUGCCACCUGCAAAAGGAGAGUGUGUAGUCAGCAUCGACGAGCUCCACCAGAUGAUGGGCCAUGUCUCGUACAAGGUUGCGCGCGCAGUCGUCACGAAGGGCCUUGCAAAGGGCAUUGUGCUCGAUUUGACACCCGCACCAGCUGUCUGCAAUGCGUGCGAGAGCGCAAAGAUGACGCGCAAGGCAAUCGCGCGCAAACACGUCCGGCCGCGUGCCGAGAACAUCGGAGAUGAGCUCCAUUCGGACCUGUGGGGGCCCGCGCCCGUCCAGACGCUCGGCGCGCGACACUACAACUCAAUGUUCAUGGACGACUGCUCG